AAGCAUGACCGCGAGGCUCUCGAAGACUGAGAUGAGUACAUACUGAUACUUCACAGGCUGUGUAUACAAUUGGGAUUUGUCUUGCAUGGCUUUGUAGUGUAGCGGUUAUCACAGUGGAUUCUGAUGCUAGACAUGCUUAGUAAUCGGAUAAGACUCAUUCGCAUCGUCACCUCGUCCCUGUAUUACUAUACGACAUGAAGAUGGUCGCGUCGUGUUUGAAAGGGCGUGGGAAGACGCGCGGUGCUUAGGCGCUAGUAGCGUAGUGCGAAACCGCGACCAAUCUGCGUCCGUUACUUGCAUCCUUCCAGUUCCACGUUUACCGGACGCUUCUCAGCCAGCUACACGGCAUCUGUGCUUUCAUGGCAGGCACUAGCUCCUCCAAGCGCAAGGUUCCAAGCAACAUAGAUACCGAGGGUCGUAGUAGUGGACGUGAGAACAAGAAAAAGAAGACAUCAGCAGCGGCAGAAAAGGCGACAGCGAGUGCGAUAGGCAAGACAGAGAUUGCCGCUCUCUUCGCCGGCUUGACCCAAGUUUUCCCGAUCGUCCGCGAACUGCAAGCUCUAGUACCGGAGUCUGCGGCAAUGGAGGUGCCGACUACCCCGCAGACCAUUGGCUCUGGUUCAUCGUCGCUGUGGGCGGUGAAGUCGGAGGCGCAUAUACGGACACUAGUAUGCCUCAAGAACAAGUCUUGUUGCCCACAGACAGUGAUCCAACCUCCUGCGCUUCAUGCUGACCUGAAUGCUGAAACCCUUCUCCGCCCCUCAGCCCCUGGUAGCGUCAGCUUCAGUGACACUAGUCACAUCAGCAACACGAUGGGAAAAUCGCCUAACGAAACGGCUGGCUUGUAUGCAGACGACCCCCCUCAAGUGUUGCCCACGGCUCAGGACGAAGGUCUGCAAGGCGCUGAACUCCUCACUGAAGAUGCCGUGAUGACGGACAGCAGCCUCAUCUGGGGAUAA